CGCUUGCAUGCAUUGCACCGGUUUACUUUGAAAUUCUGGCGGCCUUGUCUUCAAAGGACUGGCUGAAGCAUGUUCAAAGCUUUAGAUGAGCGCAUUGAGGAAGAAAUCAUCUCCGGAGCGGUCUCCGAUGUUUUCUUUGGAGUUGGUCCGAAGGAGGAGGCCCACUUCUUCAGUUCGAGGGCGAACUUGGCGAUGGCCAGCCCUGUGUUCCAUGCCAUGUUCUUUGGCCCGCAGUGGCACCGAGAGGCGGGACGCCAAUCCCCGAGGAAGCAGCGCUGGGACCAUGAUUGCAACCAGACGUCCUCCGCGCCGAGCUCUCCACGUAGUCGUGCAGCAGCCCCCGCGGAUCCUUGGGGCCACUGCAGUCCGCGCACCUACGUCACGGAACGGCUCCAGUUCCGGCGAGGGCAACAUCACUAUGUUGCAGUUUCUGACAUUGAGCCGAGUGCGUUCAAGUGCAUGCUGCGCUAUGUGCACCAUUUGGAUCCAUUGCUCUCCCUGGACAAUGCCAUGCAGGUGUACAGGGCCGCGGACAAGUACCAGAUCUUUGGCCUGCUUGACGCCUGCGGAGUUUUUCUCGACAAGCACGUCGACCCCAGCAACGUCACGCAGGUCCUGAGACUCUUUGACGUCGCCUGUCGAUUGGGGCAAGAGAGGUGGUCCCAAAGCUUCUUGAGGAUCCUUGAGCAGCUUUCCAGGGUGCAAACGCGACAGGUGCUUCAAGCACAGGAGUUCUUAGAAUUGCACUCCGUAUCGUUGGCAACCCUCUUGGGCUCGGAUGGGCUCUGUGUGAACGAGGAGCGCUUGUGGGGUGCUAUUCGUUCGUGGGCAGAGGUUCGAGUGAUGUACAAAGAGCAGUCAGAACCAGAGGCCACUGGUGCAGGUGUGGAUCAAAGGCCAACGGCUGUGGCUGCCAGUGAAUUGGUUCCAAGCUGGCAGGACGCAGUCAGGCCCUUCAGGCAUUUGAUUCGAUUCCCUGCAAUGUCUGCGUCAUUCUUUGCGAAGGAAGUGUCCAAGAGUGGAGUGUUGUCACACCAGGAAGUGGUUGACAUUUUUGGCUUUCUCGCUCACAAGGCCAGCAAAGACCCUUUAACUGAUGAUGCCGAAGGUGAAGCAGAUGUACAGGUUGGUGGUGUGUACCGCACAGACAGCCGUAUCCCAAGGCUUGGUUGGUGCAUGGCUCCCGGUCAGUCGGAUCCCAUGCUCAGUGAGGAGUUUGGCCUCACCGAGGGGCGGGAAUUGAUGACAACUGUUGGGUCCGUUGUUGUGGAUGGCCGUGGAUUGUCUGCCUUUUCAUGGGGAUCCAGCGUAAUACUAGCAGGACCCGGCACCGGCUUUCACCUGGCUUUUGGCACUCGGGGGUUCAAUUCAGGGCGUCAUGCUUGGACCAUUUCAUGGCGGCCGAUGGAUUCCUUGCAGCCUGGCUUGGGCCGUACCCGGUGUUCACGCGGCGGUGCUGCAGGCAUUGCACGAGAUGUCGAGGGCUUCAGUGAAACAAGGUCUGUGGUUGAAAGAACCACUUCGUCGUCAGCAGUCCCUGCAACUGGGGGAGUUGCUGCUUUUGCCACAGGGCUGGCACAGAAGGCUGUAGCAGUGGCGGUGCCACUGGGCCGAGGGUCUGUGCCACUUCCAGCAUCCAUGGCUGCUGGCGUAGGCACAGGAACUGGCACAGAGGAGCCGUCGGCGAGAUUUUUGGACUGGCCGUCUUGCAUCGUCUUUGGCGUGAAGAGGGAUGUGGUGACAGAGGGUCGCUAUGUGGCCUGGGAGGAAGACCUGUCCUCCACGGAUGUCAUGAAGUUUUCCAUCGUGUUGGACUUCCCAGCCCGCACGAUUACGUACAUUGCAGACCGGGGUGGGCGAUGUUGGUCGGCUGCGAUGACGCAUGAAGGUCCGGUCUAUCCAGUGAUUGCGGCAUCCGGGCCGCACUUUUUCUCCAUCGAGUAUGGCUGCCAUGUCUGAGGGCCCCGUCGCCGAAACGUGUGUCCACAUGCGUAGCUUUGCGGGCGAGCUGGCCUAUAAGACCCAGACAAAGCCGCCCUUGUAUCUUUCCGUUUCACCGUGUCACCGCUUGGUUUUUGCAUUUAUGAGCACCACACGGCCAAAGUGUUGAGUGGUCGUGCCAGUGGCGCAGCGCCUAAUCUGGGCGUUGCACCCGAACGGAUCUGAAAGCUGCCUGGGGAGAGCAGCUUGGUCCUGCGAAAGCGCAUCCAGAUGGUGAGAGAGGUGGGAAUAGUUCGAUGGCUGUUAGAAAUCGCUGUGGAGAGCCACUCAGUCACUUAGUUGAAGGUGCG